GCCACACCCACCCCCUACAUCAGUCCUCAGCUGACUCCUUCCCCUCCAAGUCCUCUGCCCCAAACCCAGUCCACUGCAGUCAUCCUCACAGCUUUAGCUUCAACGUGAAACGAGGACUCGGACAUAGCACAGCCGACAGCUUGCUUGCUUUGAUCAUUCAUUGUCGUCUUGCUCAGCCCUUCCCACUCGCGCUCUCGCUUGAACCCCCUGAACGCAGACGACGACCUCAGUUCAGCUGAUCCAAGCUCAACUUUUUGUUCUCGUCCGCUCUAAACCCCGACGCUCGACUACCUGCUCUCGUUUAUCCUAUUUCUUUUCUCGUCGUGUCGCUAUGGCCUUCUCACAGUUUGGUGCUUUCCCCUCCCUGGACAAUGUCCUCGGAGACGACGAGGACCACUUCAUCCCCCAAGCUCAGCCGACGUCUUCCUCGAGGAGGCGCUGGUUCGGAAACCGUAUCAAUGAUAGUGCGCCACUCCCGGCGUAUGAGGCAGGUCCGAGCUCCAACUCCAAGUCGCGAUCACCAGGAGGACGGACGGGAACACCAAAAGGCCCACGCUCUCAAUCACCACUACUAGUCGCUGGUAGUGGGCCUGGCUUGCGCGAACGUGAUUUAGAAGAACAUAACCGGCGCCUCGCACUGCUCGAGUCGGAAAACGAGCGGCCUUACUCGUAUGGGCGCCACCGCCACCCACAUGCCACUCGCCACCACCACGAACAGCAAGAGUCGCACGAGCAUGGGGAAAUUCACGAGAACGAUGGGAACGGUGCACAGAGGGACCACGACCACGAGCUCAAUAUCCUCCACGUCGAGCCUUCAGAGCUGGAUCGUGAGCUUCCGCCGUACGAGGCCGUGGAUAGCGGUGUGCCGCUCGGUCUUCGGGGACAGGUAGAGCAGGCGUUGGGGAUACAAGUGUCGAUGGACGCGGACGGGACUUACACGUACACCACCACGCAAUCGCCACUGGUCACACCAUCGCAGCUGGUCGACUUGGGGUAUCAGUUCUACACAAGGGAUUCGUCUGCGGGGUUGGUCAUGUCCUCGACCUCGGCGCCACGCUCACCACAGGAUGAGGUGCCUGUGGCUGGUUCGGAGAACGUGAAUGUGAAUGUUAAUGCGGCCUCUGAGAGUGGUCCGAGCGGGGCGGGUGCGAAUGGGAAUUCGAGCGCGAGCGCGAGCACGCGGGCGAAUCGGAGGAGAGCACGGGCGGUCAGCAUCGAUUCAGCUAUCUUCGCGGAGAUAUCGAACCACAGCUUCGACCUCCGCUCCCUCGCCUCCUUCCGUACCGCCGACCUCGCGUCCAUUUGGUCCGCCGACUCCGAUCUUACGCUUUAUGAUGGUCCUGAGCGCGAGCGGCGAGAAAAUGAGUACAUGCAGAGGCACAGUCAACGGCCGAGGCAGUCUCGACCGCCUGUUGUGACUAGUACGUUGUUUAUCAGCGACGGCCACGGCCGUCCAUCCGGAGAUGCGGUUGUCGUGCAAGGCAGGACGCCUGUCGACCCCGUCUUGUCGCAUUUUGGUGGCACGGGGAUGGAUGAUGUCGACUUCGACUUAGAGGGUGAAAAUGCCCAAGAAGUGUCGGCCAGAAUGUCUAGGUUGCCGGAUGAUGUGGCGAUGGAGAUGGGUGCGAGAGGAGGACAACGUGCCGGUGGUUUGGAUAGGGAUGCCGACUUGGUUUCCGAACUCGAUAUGGGCUCGGACUCGGACUCGGAUUCUGGUUCAGAGCAUGGCGAGGACAUCGGUGCACUUCUGGACCAUCCGACCGGCUCUGAUAUCGUCACCCCAGUGUCAUCUCUUCCAAGACCUUCGCCCCUCCGCGACCCUGAAGGAAAUCCCAAUGCCUCCACUUCCUCAUUGUCGUCGUCCUCCUCUUCGUCCUCGUGCUCCGUGUCGACGGAACGUGGCUUAGCGAGUCCCAACGCCGUCAUCGCUACCGAUGCGUUCGACCUUGACGUUGAGAUGGAUGAGCAGCUCCUCCGCGAACCUCAAGCCGCCUUCGCAGAGAUGUGUUGGGCCAGCGCCGUCGCAGACCUCGACCCAUCCGACUCAGAGUCCACCCAUGACGACCAGUCUCCGACCUCGAUCGAUUUCAACGCUCUCGUCGGCGACUCGCAAGAUCCAGAAACGCCCACGCGCAUUGAAUUUGCGCCGUUGCAGGCGGGUUCGAAGGCGGCGAGGGCAGGUUUUGCGAGGUCGAGGGCGGAGUUGGCGGGGAGUUAUGGGUGGAGGCGAACGAGGAUGUGGGCGGCGGCAGUUACGGUCGGUCAAACUUCGAGCGCAAGCUUGGAGAACGAGAACCAAAACAAGAAGUGGAGAAUGUCGAGUUCUGAAGCAGAUUUGUUGGACAGCGCAAAGAGAGAGAUGUGGGACGUCGAAGAGGAGAGGGAGACCGAGGGUGGCGAGGAGGCUCAACGUACGACGCCACACACGCUCAACAACUCUCAUGCCUAUAAGGACCAGCCUUCGCCACCUCUACCACCGCUUCCUGUACAUUCGCCUGCUCCGUCCCGUUCGUCGACAUCGCCCAUCUCUCCGAUCUCGCCAUUAUCUCCGUCUUCCCCGCGCCCUGUCCCCAUAUCAUCCCUGUACACCUCCACGUUUGAUGUGCCUCCACGGUCAUCGACCGCAUCUCCAGUGCCGUCGCAUACCCAUUCCGCACACUCGAACUCGAACUCUAGUACGAACUCUCGGUCAAAGGCAAAUUCCAAUCCGGACAGCCGUGUCGAAAGCCCGAACCAGGCUUCCCAGUUCCUCCACCGCGACCCUUACUCCCCCACUCCCUCGUCCUCGAAACACGGCCGAUCGCGCUCGUUCUCAAAAGGCCUCUCACCGUCAUACGUGGAUGCGCAUCCGAGCGGGAUGAUCUGGCCCUCGCGCGUCCAGUCUCCCAGUCCGCUCUCGGCGAGUGUGACGGCGAGUAAUACUAUGCACAUGGAGAUGGAGACUGCGCUGGUGCGCAAUGGAAAGUCGGUGGCACUGGAUGAGUCGCAGGGCGUGCAGAGUUUCCCGGUGCCGGAUGUGAUGAGUGGGGCAAGUGUGGGUACCGGGCCGGGUAGAGGGUCCAUUAAGAGGUUUGCGAGGAGGGUUGUUAAUGUGAAGGGCUGGGGUGGAGGGGCUGCUAAAGUUCUUGCUUGAGGAGGAUGAGUCGGUCACGACUUCUCCCAUGUGCAUCUAGAAGAUGCGAUGACGACCUUUCGACGAUGCUUUUGAUUAUGCCUUGCUCACCUCCGUUUCCUCUCUCGGUCUCGCUGCUUGAAUUCGCUCGUGAUCGUUCUGUCUCGCUUGCUUGCUGCUUCGUCUCUUUUGGUCUCUUUGUUAUACGCUAGGCUCCAUGCAUGAUGUGCAUUAUAAUACUCUUCUGUUCGUCGUCCUCGCCGGCACGAGUUCUCUUUCUUUGCAUUGUCUUUCCUCUUUCUCCUCUAUACUUUUAUACUUUCUCCUAGUCUGUGUCCUCUUCCUUUUUUCUUCUUCUUUCACCACAUCAUCUGUAUCCGCAUCCAUCAUCGCCAAAUUCAUCUUAUACGCCCGCUUUUUCUUCUCACAUCCAAAAGCACUCCUCUUCCCCACGUUCCAAUCUUCAUCUUUUCUUU